AGGCUGCAGGAGCAGGAGAAUCGGGGUGAACCGGUGGUCCCCCAGCUCCAUCUCAGAGUUGCUCUGAUUGAGGAGAUUCCCAUCGCUGACCUCCCUCCCGAGGAACAAGCCGAGGACAGGCCCCGCGGUCAACACGAGGAGGAGGAAGAGCAUUUUCCUCAGCUCACAGAGGAGAUGGAGACCGCGGUGAGACGGGCCUUCCAACCCGGGGACCUGGACGAUGUCCUGAGUGAGGCCUUCAGGCUGACCAUCACACGCAAGGACAUCCACACCCUGAACAACCUCAACUGGCUCAACGACGAG